AUGAAGCUGCAAGUCCCGAAUUUCCUGCUGGAUCCCAGCAAUCCCGCUGGAUACACCGUUCGCACGGUGACGGAUUUCAUUAACGACAGCACACGUCUCGUGCGCAAGUGCACGAAGCCAGACAAGAAGGAGUAUACUCGCAUCCUGCGCGCGUGCUCCAUCGGAUUCUUCAUCAUGGGAAUUAUCGGUUACAUGGUGAAGCUCAUGUUCAUCCCGGUGAACAACAUCCUGGUUGGUAUGCCGUCUUAA